AAUUUUGUUAUUCCGAGACACCUACGCUUGACCGCUAGUCCGCCGAGUCCCCGGAUCGCGUUCCCUGCGCACGCUAAUUAGGGUUUCAUCCUCUCCGGUUCAUCGAUCGAGGCGGCGAUCGGGAGGCCUCUGGGGUUUGAAUCGCUGGGUUGGGUGGUUUUUCUUGUCGGAUUUGGUGAUCGAUCGGGUUAGGGUUAGGCCGCGGAGAUGUUCGGGAGGGCGCCGAAGAAGAGCGACAACACGCGGUACUACGAGAUCCUGGGGGUGCCCAAGAGCGCGUCGCAGGAUGAUCUGAAGAAGGCCUACCGGAAGGCUGCCAUCAAGAAUCACCCCGACAAGGGCGGGGACCCCGAGAAGUUCAAGGAGUUAGCUCAGGCUUAUGAAGUUCUGAGUGAUCCUGAGAAGCGUGAGAUCUAUGAUCAAUAUGGUGAAGAUGCCCUCAAGGAGGGAAUGGGUGGUGGAGGUGGCCAUGACCCAUUUGAUAUAUUCUCAUCUUUCUUUGGUGGGGGCCCCUUUGGAGGAGGAGGAGGAAGCAGCAGGGGUCGAAGGCAGAGGAGAGGGGAGGAUGUGAUCCAUCCUCUGAAGGUGUCUUUGGAAGACCUUUACAAUGGAACUUCCAAGAAACUUUCACUGUCACGAAAUGUCAUCUGCCAGAAGUGCAAAGGCAAGGGUUCAAAAUCCGGUGCUUCAAUGAAGUGCUCUGGUUGUCAGGGUUCUGGUAUGAGGGUCACUAUUCGUCAGAUUGGGCCUGGCAUGAUUCAGCAGAUGCAGCAACCAUGCAAUGAGUGCAGGGGUACCGGGGAGACUAUCAAUGAGAAGGAUCGCUGCCCGCAAUGCAAAGGUGAGAAAGUUGUCCCAGAGAAGAAAGUGCUGGAGGUUGUAGUUGAGAAGGGAAUGCAAAAUGGUCAAAAGAUUACCUUCCCUGGCGAGGCUGAUGAAGCACCGGAUACUGUCACAGGAGACAUUGUGUUUGUUCUCCAGCUGAAAGAUCAUUCCAAGUUCAAGAGAAAGGGUGACGAUCUCUUCUUUGAGCACACAUUGUCCCUCUCUGAGGCUCUCUGUGGCUUCCAGUAUGUUUUGACCCACCUGGAUAAUAGACAGCUACUUAUUAAAUCAAACCCUGGUGAAGUUGUUAAACCCGAUCAAUUUAAGGCAAUCAACGAUGAGGGCAUGCCAAUGUACCAGAGGCCCUUCAUGAGGGGGAAGCUCUACAUCCACUUUACCGUGGAUUUCCCCGAGUCACUGACACUAGAUCAGUGUAAGGCUCUUGAAACUGUACUCCCACCAAGGCUUGCAACUCAGAUGACAGACAUGGAGCUGGAUGAAUGCGAGGAAACCACAUUACAUGAUGUUAACAUUGAAGAGGAGAUGCGGAGGAAGCAGGCUCAAGCUCAGGAGGCUUAUGAGGAGGACGACGAUGUUCAUGGCGGUGCCCAAAGAGUGCAGUGCGCACAGCAGUAAGGUGCCCUGAAUCAACCUGAACUGGUAGGUCUGCAAGCUUAUUCUUUGGAAACAGCAAAAAUUGGGUCAUAGACAUCUUUUAUUCAUGUUACUUUACAGCAAAUUGUCGAGCUAAGUUGCUCCCGGACUUGGAUUAUUGAUAUGUCUUAAAUUUUUUUUCUCUUCUCUCUCCAUUGCAAGCAAAAUGAUCAACUAUGCUAUUUUCUA